AUUCCAAAGGGAGCCAGUUUAAAAUACAGCAAGACUUGGGAUAUAUGUGGCGUCAAGCGCCGGCGCCUGCCUCCCUUCUUCAACUCCACACUGAACGAGCUUGUGGCGGCGCCUUCCUCUCCAUUAGUUAAGCGACUCGUGACUGCACACCGAAAAUUGAAAAUUGAAGCCAUCACCAAAAGCAGCUCGCCGAAAUCUUCGCCCCAAGAAAAAAACUCUCCACUCCAUGCACGCAAAUAAGCACUUUCGCUGCAUCGAUCAAUCGGGGCACUUUGGCGGAGGUGAGAAAUAUACAUGUUCCCACGACGAGCGAUGGCUAACGUGUUGGAGUAGUGGUUAACGCGACAGCCUGCUAAGCUGUUUCCUUCGGGAGCGAGUGUUCGAAUCACUCAGGUGUCGGAAUUUUUAUUUUUUUAUUUUUUGUUUUUGUCAUUUUAGACUUUUUGUUUUUUGAUAUUUUACUUUUUUGGUUUGUUAGUAGAUAUCCCCCUCCAUUUCGUAUUGGGCGUGGCGUUUCUGCUGCCAUAAUCGCCCCUUGCACGGAUGAGUUUACUUGCCUGCCGUUGCAAUCAGAUAGCUACUUACAUUAUGUGCAGGUAUUAGAUCAUUGAAUUAGUGGAGGAGAAUAUGCGAGGUAUCAGUUCUGCAAUCCGAAGUACAUAAGCCUGGCACAGUGAUUUCAUCAGCAAGCAUUGGUACUCAAUACAGAAACUAUAACUGCAAUCAGAAAAAAUUAGAUUCUGAUAGCCCAGCUGGUCGAUGUCAGAAAACUUGCUGCCUUCGUUAAGAACGUGCUUGUGAUAAGCACCUGCAUUGCUCUCCCAACAAUGAUAUGAGUAUGGAAGCCAAUGAUAGCCUUAGUCAAUAUUACAUAAUCCAUUGUUCAAACAGCAUGGAACAAAGUCUUCCGAUCACCGUUGAAUCCGCAAUUCUUAAGCUGGAAACAAACAAUAGCUAUCAGUUACGAUUGGAGAUUUGUGUUCUUAGGGGCACUUUGAUACCGUCUUUGUUCUUUUACUGAUCAUUUUGGCGAUUGGAUUUAACAACGUGCUCUAACACAAGUCUCAUAUGUGUGCGCCCAAGGUCACGCCACCGCUUUCAUUCUCAGCAAGCAUGUCACCAGAGAAAGGAGUGUUUUGCUAUGCCAAGUUCAAUCUACCUGCCCUCCUUCACCUCGCAAGUCAGCUUCGCGAUGUGAAGUGCAGUUGCGAUGAAUCGAAGCGGCCAGAGAGCGGGGCCUUAAACUGGGCAAUUGUCCUUUCGUUUGAGGAUGGCGUGGAAUGGAUCUUUCGAUCUCCUCGAAGAUGCCACGAUAUUUCUCCGGAGACUAUACCAAAGUUGAUUAAAAGUGAGGUUGCAACGAUGAAAUAUGUCAAGAUGAAUAGCUCAAUUCCUGUUCCAGAGGUGUUCGAUUAUAGCUGUACCGGAUCUAAUACGAUUGGGGUUCCUUUUAUUCUUAUGAGCAAAGCUCCCGGUUACGCACUGAGUCGUUUCUCCUGGAAUUCUAUUCCGGACGGGAUGGUCGCGUCUCGCAAACCACUUCCCUGCCUUAAGAGAGCGAACAAGGAGAAGGUAAUGAAGCAACUUGGUGAAAUAAUCUCACCGUUGUUGAAUCUACGGUUCGAUGAGAUCGGUUCUCUGGUCGAAGAAGAUGGUGAAUAUCUUAUCAAACAGUGUGUCUCGCCUGCACUAGUUUGGCACGGGCGCGAUUCGUUACAGGAUGAAGUCCGACGAGGUCCAUUUCGGCAUACUCAUGAUUACUACGAAUCGCAGCUUUCGGCAUUUAUUCUUCAUGUCAAAAAGCUCCCGCUAGAGCAGCACGCCUUCUUCGCGCCGAUCCCAGAACUUGGAGAAUAUGAAACACUUUCGAGCUACCGAUCUGCAGUCAGUCGAUGGAAUCAUUUUGUAACUGUGGGUGCAAAAAUCGACGGGAGUAAGAAUUCACUGGAUUACUGCGUCGCUGGGCACUUUCUACGCCAGAUGAUACCUUUGAUUACGCAGCAAUCGUUCGCGACCGCAGGCAAUUUUGGGAAUGCAUACCCUCUCUCCCAUCCAGAUAUCAGCACAAGCAACGUUUUUCUUGAUAGUGAUUUCAAUAUCACUUGUGUCAUUGACUGGGCGUUCUCUUCCACUGUUCCUAUAUCGACACUUCUUAUCACUCCAAGCCUCCCUCACCCAAGAGACGAAGUUGACUCGACACUAGUUCCUGCUUUCAGGUCCAGUUUCACACAUCACUUUCUGCAGGGAAAGGAUGUCAAGUUCAACCAAGAAUUCCGGGACUCUACCAGGAGGGCAUGGUUGUUUUCGCGACUAGUGACUCUCGACAGUCUGCAAGACUACCGGUAUUUUAAAGAGCUGUACAUGUCGGUUUAUGAACUAGAAGAUGGUGUAGAGAUACCUAGGCUUUUUAAAGACGUACAAAGGCAAGAGGAGUUUGUACAGUUGGCCGCGACGCUUGCGGAGGAUGAUCGUUCAGUAGAUGAGAUCCGAAGAGAUGAAGGGGAAUACUUCCGCUAUUCGCAUUCGGAUAGGGAAGCUAUAGCAAGGAAACUUACAAUGGUGGCAGGUUUGAGCGAGGGGUUUGUAGCGGAUGAGAGGUUGUGGGAAUGGAUUGAAGAAGCCACAGGAUAG